AUGCAAGCGCUGCAGACAGUGUUUUAUUUUGUGGGAGUGUGUUUACUGCUCUUCUUCAUGGUGUCUGAGCACCUCUUGCAAACCUGGAAUGUGAAACUGCACGCUGGGAGGCAGUGUAGCAGGUGGAUCUUAUAUGGCUCUGAAUGUGUUCAGAGGUAUUAAUGCAGAGAUGAAUUGACAGCUCUGCUUGAGCAGAGCGUUUGGCAACUCGUGUCUCACAGAGUGUUUAGGAGCUGGCAUUGCCCUGAUGCUAUCUCCUGCCCCCCCAGGAAAAUCUCUGGAGCUUACAAGGCUGAGACCUCUUUGGAGGGUAACAAGAAGAUGAUGGGCUUAAGGUUGCUCUAGACCACUGUAAAAAGGCUUGAGGACCCUUUGGAACUAAAGGAAAUCCUCUUUUUUCCAUCCUGUGCUCUCAGUCUCUCGUCAGUCCCGAACAAAAAAUCUGACACUGUCUGGCUCCAUCCCCUUUGCACCCUUCUCUCAAGUAUUUGUAUACAUUGAUCAGAUUUCUCUUAAAGCUGCUGAGUUGACAUGGUGUAUAGGUAUUCUCCAUACUUUCCAGCUGCCCUCUGAGCAGGACUGGCGUUUAGACCUGCAUUUUCAGAAAAGAGAAAGGGGAAUGGUGCUGUUACAGGAUGAGUGAUGUAUGCAUUUACAAACUUCAUGCAUCUAUUUAAGAGACAGCACUUGAUGGAGAUGAUUCAUAAGCAAUUCAUUUAAAAAAUGGAUUUAUGUUUUUCCGCUGUGCUUGCUGUCUACAGACUUAUCUAAGAUCCUGUCACACAGUGUUUUAGCUCUUUCACUCCAGCAAUAAGCAAUCCUCUCAGCUUGUUGCUUGUGUUUGAUUUUUCUAGUAGUUCAUAGGACUUGUGUCUUGAAGAAAGUGUAAUCUCUUUAUACUGGCUUAAGCACAAGAGAAUAUGAUUAAUGUAAAGUCAGGAGGACUGAAGCAAAUGACAGAGGUGCUGUUAAAGCUGGUACAAGCAAAUGUAAAGCAGUAAGAAGGGAAAGCCAGUAUUUUUUCCAAGCAGACUCUUGUUUUUUGGCAAGUAAAAUUCAGUUUUAAUGGUAAAGCAUUAUGCAGUAUAUUAGCAUUCUUUUAGUGUAUUUAGUAAACAUGUCACCUCUGUAACUGGAGAUUUAAUCACUGUAGCCUGUGGUAAAGCCUUUUGGAGAUGUGAGGAAGUGGUUUGGGUGAAUUUGUUACAAACUUAAAUUUAGGAGCUGUGGUGUUGCAGGCUUCCUGAUGAUUGCUGUAGAGUGUUCCUUCAUUUGUUAAGGAAAUAAAAAUGUACGUCAGCAUUUUUAUGAGCAACUCAUUAGGGAUGAGCACAACACUAAGAUGAUGAGCUGUCAUCUAUUGUUCCAGCUGACAAAUUAAGCCAUUCUUCUACUGAUAUGUGCAAGCCUUAUCCAAGUAUCCCUGCAGGCAGAAUUGCACAGCAUUCCACCCUCCUUAUCACAGCACUUGUCCCCCUUGUCUGUGAUGUUGAGAGAUUAACAAACUGUUAUUGUGGAUGGGGCUUAAAGAAAAAUGCCUCGUUCAGAAAAACUUGUAGACCUAAUAAAAAUUAAGCUGUAUCAUGCUGACUGACACCAAAGCCACAUAGUAUUUGGAAACUCUAAAAGCAGAAUGACAUUAUUAGGGGAAAAACGCUUAUUGUGCAUCAGUGUGCUCAGCCAGUAUCUGAAGUGGUAGUUAACUUAUGAUCUAUGAUUAUAGUUAUGUUGGAGUCUGUGGAGGUUAAUGGGCUUCUGCUGUCUGAAGGAACACUUUCAUUGAGAUGCCCCUGGUCACACAGGGUUGAAGAGGCCUGCUGACAGCCCUGCUUACAAGCCUUACUGGCACUUCAGGUGAGUCUUACUGUUGCACCUCGUACUCAAGUGCCCUCAGAGGGCGAUGCUGUCAGUAGGAUGAGUCGAGUUGUAAGACUGCAAUGGAUUUCCCAUGUUCUAUUGUCUCUUUUUGAUGGAGAAACUGAGAGGUGACUGAUCUUGAACAAAACUUUGUACCCCUGGUAUCUCCUCUGUGCAGACACUUCACGUGAAGGUGACUGAGUCCAAGUGGAUGACUAGGCAUCCAUCUGGGAGCUUUUCCAUGUUUAUCCCUACAAUCUAAACUUCAGCAUUAUGAAAAAAGCUCUGCAAAAGCUGUGUGGCAGCAUGGCUCACAGGAGAAUAAAAGGAGAUGGCCCUCUUAGCCUCCUGUAUGUUGUAGAGAGCAAAGUCUUCAAUGCCCUUCCUUGCCAGACAUUUUAUCUUUCAUUUGGCUGCUUGGUCUCCUCAUCGUUGCACGGUUUGUAAUACAGCUGUCAUGGUCUGCUGCUAUGAUAGAUGGCAGCAGUAGAUCUUUGUGCCUCUGUACUUAGAUCACCACUUGAGAAUGUGGAUAGGAAGGAGGCAAGAGGUGUCUUGUGCCUGCCCUGUGUGUGUUUGCAGCACGGCCCUGACCUUGCUGGGACUGGCUGGAUGAGCAGGACCAGGAAGGAGGAACUUGAAGUGGUGGCUGCUGGAACUAGAGCUGAGGGGUGUUUUAUAGGGGAAGGGUGUGAAGAGCACUGGUGGUGCGGGCCCUGCACUUUCCACUCCUGAAUGAAGUCCUAAUUGUAGUGUCUACUUUUUAAGGCCUUGCCUUCGGUGAUCACAGCAAUGGUAGGUGUAAAGGAAGCCCAGAAUGAGUAUGCAAGAGCAAUUGUGGUCUCUGUGCAUGUGUGAGGCAUUUUACAAACUUAAGAUCAAAUAAAAACGGGGGUUGGCCAGUUUUGUUUUCGUGGAUGUGUAUUUAUUGUUUAAAAGUUAAGCCUAUGAAUUUCCUUUUGAAAAGGAAAUUUGAUCAAAGGGUAGAAAUUGGUGGAUUGCAAUCAAUAUUGAUACCUUUGCAGUUAAAAAGCACCUUUUGGGUAGAAAUCCAGCAGCUAACCUGUUUUUAGAAACUUGGAGAAUUCAGAUAUACUAACUGGUGUUGAAACAGCUAAAGAGUGUGUUUCUCCAGAAUGGGCAGCCCUGGAUCUCAUUUGCUCCUUGCUGGAUUGUUUUGUCAGAUCUGAAAUGUGCUGGUGGUUCUCUGGUUGUUUGCAUGCCUUAAUAUGCAGAGGUAUUACAUUUCCCCUCUUUCAUUAUUCUGCCAAGGAAAUGCUAACAAAUCCUUCUCUUUUGCAGGACUUUUUUGGCUGUCCAUGGUACCCGAACUACUGCCCUGGUAUAUGUGUUCUUGUGAUGUUCUGGAUUUACUACCAGUGUCACACAGGAGGAACAGUGGCUGAGGGAAAUCAAGUUACAUGCUUAGUUUCAGAGAAUAUUCCGAGUUGGAAGAUACCCACAAUGGUCAUCAAAGUCUAACUCCUGACCCUGCACAGGACAACCUCAGUCAGAUAAGCAGCCUAUUUAACUACUGAAGCUCCAAGCAAUUUCUGUUUGUCAGCCAUGUGAUCAUUUUGUAGUAUUUAGGCUUGAUGGGGGAAAAACUGGUGCCUUGCAGGAAGCCUGUGGUCUGUCUUCUGGAGGAAGCCUUCAAAGAUAGCUGACCACUCUGAUGUAUUCUGAAAAAUGGCUUUUUAGCAGAAAACUUUGCUUAUGAGAGUAAAUGAGUUUUCUUCCAGAAGAGAUAUCUUAGUAGGAUUUUAAAAAAAUAAAUUUAUAUUCUCUUCAUGCUGAGAGAAAUAAUCAUUGAUUAGUGAAAUAGUCAUUGGUGUCAGUUCCUGAGAAAGCUACCUCCCAAAAGCCAAGCUAUGGGGCUGGCUGCUUGCUAUCAAAUCCCUUUGCUUUGGUAAACUGGUAUCUUAUUUUCUGUCUUCCUCCAAGUCUCUCAAAGUGUCUCUAUAUCCACAGCAAAUAGUUGGAUUUAUUAUUAUUAUUUAUCCUGGGCCAUCCAGCAUGGAUCUGAGUGUGUUUGAGGGGCUGGUCUAGUGAAGGGCUUUGGCUGGAACAGGUCACUGAGACCAUGUAGUUCUUACCAAGGGAUGAUAAAUGGGGUUAUACAUCUCUAAGGGUGAUGUCUGAUGGGGUUGCAAAUCUACAGAGGCACUUGACUUUAAUACCACUUGCUGAGUAACUUUUCUUUGAGUUCUGCAGAACAGCUCCAGCUUUCCAUCUGACACUGAAAAUAUAAUCAUUAUGCUAAAGAAAGAUGCUGUGUUAGUGUAUCUCACUAGAGGUGAAUUGAUGGUAGUUGCUUUUCUACUUAAAACAGCCUCUGCACACAGCUGUGCACCUAGGAAGCAUCCCUUUGGGGAGUACAUGUGACAUUUUGUCUUUGCAAGAAUGAUAUAUCAUAAAUGAAACUGGAGCUGCACUUCACUUCUCCACAUUGGUUGGAUACCUGCUAAUAGCUCCCAUGAUUGCUAAUGUUUCUCAGGGUUAAAAAUGGCUAUGGAGCCUAUCAGAAGCUGUAAAAGCAAAGGGAAUCUGCCUUACUGGAAUGUAAGAUCUGAAUCUCUCCAACUCCGCAGUGGCUCUGAUCCAUCUCAACUUACUGGCCCAAGCCCAAGAAGCAGUUUGUUCUUUCUGCAUAACACAGUAUUGUCAGGUUGCCCAGACCAUGAAAAUGUAACUUUUCACUUAAAAAAAAAUCCAAGCCUCCUCAGCAGCUGAAGUUAGUAUGUGUCUCCUUAAACUGAAAGGGAGCAUCUUUGAGCUGGAGUGGCCUGUGAUGAAGGCACAUGGGGUAAUUCUUGGGCAGUCGUUGUGCAGGGCUGAGUUAGACUUGAUGCUGCUUGUAGGUCCCUUCCAACUCAGAAUAUUCUGUUAGGAAAUGUUAUUUCUGUAUAGCUUGCACUGCUGUCUGCUUCAAACGUUUAUUUUUAGCAAAAUUUUAUUGGCUUGAUGUGUAGGAAAAAAUAAAGACAACAUAUUAGUAAAAUAAUUGCCAUAUCAGUGCAGCCUGUUGCUCCAAAGAAAGGUUUUUUGAUUGAAGAUCCAGUGCUGUCUCUCAAGGAUGUACAGAUGUGUUUCCCCUUCAUUAGAUUAGUACACACAUAAGGGAAAUGUUAAAAGAGCCACUAUUACUACAAAUUACUGUGUCCAGACACCCGCAGUUGCAAAAUUCACCUUGCUGGAAUCUAUUGCCCUAGCGUUGCUGGCCUGUCACUUGACAGAAGCAAGUUGCUCUUUCCCUCCCCUGGCCUGUUGACUUUAAAGAACUUGCUUUAACUACUCAGUGCCUUGCUUGUCUUAGAGGCCUCCAGAGGAAAAAUAAAAUUCACUUGUUGAUGUUCAGAGCUAGAAACCUCUUUACUCUCUUGGUCUGUGUGAGGUAAAAAUAAGAAAGAAUGAAAAAUAAGUAAAGGGUGAAAAUCUGUCUCGUGGCAGGUCGUUGCUGUCAGAUCUUUGCAUUGUUGGUGCAAUACAAUGGCAGGAGCACUGGAUCGUUACACGGGAGCUCUGUGGCUUUUCACUAGACAUUUAUACAGUUAAGUGAGGCUGUAGGGCCCAGAAUCAUUUUUACCCUUUGUGCAACAUAAUUUCAGGGAAAAUUUUCCUUCUCCUGGUUAUGAGUAGUAUUUCCUUCUUGGUGCUGUGUACAGAAGGGCAUCUAUGGCAUUAAUGCUUCUGUUCUGCAAUGCAGUAUUGUAUUCAAGAGUUAGUGCUCAGGUGAGAUGGAGGCAGUAUCUGCUGCUCUCUUCUCCACUCUCUGCCUUAAUGUCACUCUGAAAUGGGACAUGUCCUGCUGCUCUGGGAAUGUCCUGUCUGGGACCAAAACGUUGGUCAAAGCCAGGGUGAGAGGAAGUAACAAAUAAUGGUAUUUGCUGGCUCUCUCAUCUAUUGAUCAACUGUGACUUUUAUCAGGGACCUGCAUCUCUAAUUUCUCUGAUAGUGAAUACAGCCUGUGAGCCUGAGGCAGGCUGUCUGCAUCUCCUGUCUUUAAGAUGCUCUGCAAGUGCCUCUGACUGUACAGAGCUAAGUGAGCCCAUGUCUGUGGUGUGACCUGGCCUACAGCACAUCCCAGGUUUCUGGUUGGGGGUGGGGAAGGACCAUGUGUCUGCACUGUGUUUCUUCUGAACAACUGCAUUGGGAAGGGCUGGCAUCCAACAGUUACAGCAUCAGAAUCUAUUCACAUGGGAUGGCACAGGUUAAAUCAGGAGCUGAUACCUCAGCAUAUAAGGCAUACAUGCCAUACAGCAUGUACAUGUCUGCAUUUGUUAUGGGAUAUCCCAAAACCACAGAUGGUUUAGCAGCUGGGAUUGUUCCCUGAAUUCUAAUCCUGGAGGGGAGGCAGGAUGCAGUAAAGAAGAAUAUGAGGAUAAAUUAAUUUCCUGUGGGCAUUGAAAAAGACAGGUUCUUUUGGAGAACUAUGUAUCUGUAGAGGGAGAAGGAGUUUCAAGGGAGAGACAAGGACAUAGUACUCCCACAGCAACCUUUUUAAUCGGGUUCCCUAAGCAGGAGAUGAACACGGACCUGAGCUGUGUGACGUAUUCCUAUGUGUCUGUGUUGGGGCCAAAAAGGAGCUGGUACCUGAGAGGCAGGGCAGAGGCUGUUCUUGCCACCUCUCCAAGAUGCAGCAAAGCAUGAAGGCAGGCAGAAUUGUAUGCUCUCACUUUGAUCAGCAGUGGCCCUUUAAGGCAGAGCAAGGCGUGCAGUGUGGACACUGCCCAGUCCAAACCCAGCAGCCACGUGAACUCUCCCCAGGUGGGCAGUGCCAGGCUGGCACAGCAAGGCCCCCUCACCCUCCCCAAUGACAGAGGGAGUCUGAUUGAACUUGCUGGCUCCCACUCACUCUGCCCCAAUUUUCCUCAGGACAAAUGAGAAGAACCUGUCUCCAAGUGCAAGAUUUUGGGAAUAUGUGUCAGAGAUGCCUGUCAGUAAAACAUCCGUCUUGCCCUAAUUUCUGCAUGGAGUGCUGCAAUGUCGAGUGAAAUAACCUUCCAAGCUGGCUCUGGUGCAGAGGCAGACUCGGAUGCUCUGGACAUCAGCACCAAAGUGCAGCUGUACGGUGUGCUCUGGAAGAGACCCUUUGGGAGGCAGUCAGCCAAAUGGUCCAGGAGGUUCUUCAUCAUUAAGGAAAGCUUCCUGCUGUACUAUGCUGAGAGUGAGAAGAAGAGUUUUGAAAGCAAUAAAUACUUCAAUAUCCAUCCGAAGGGUGUCAUACCCCUGGGAGGCUGCAUUGUGGAGCCCAAAGAAGAGGCCAACAUGCCUUAUGCCAUAAAGAUCUCUCAUGAAGACUUCCAUGGUAACAUUGUUCUAGCAGCCGAAUCAGAGUUUGAGCAGGCUCAGUGGCUGGAGAUGCUACAGGAGUCUGGAAAAGUGACCUGGAAGAAUGCCCAGCUAGGGGAAGCCAUGAUCGAGAGCCUGGAAGCUCAAGGACUGCAGCUGGCCAAGGAGAAACAGGAAUAUUUAGAUAAACUAAUGGAAGAAACAGAGGAGCUAUGUCUGCAGAGGGAGCAAAAAGAGGAACUGGAGCGUCUGAACCAGAUGCUGGAAGCAGAGAAGCAGCGCUUUGAGGAGGUGGUGCGGGAGCUGCGGCUGGAGCAGGAGGAGAUCCGGCGGGAGCUGGAGCUCACAGCCCGCUCCCUCAAAGGAGUGGAGGAAGAGAAGAAAGAGUUGAGAAGCCUGACAGAGUCCUUACAGAACACCCUGGAGGAGCUCUCCCUGGAAAAACAACAAAUGCUGGAGAUGCUAGAAGAAAAUGAGAGCCAGGUCCCACCUCCAACCAGCCCCAGCAAGGAGCAAAGCCCCAUCUGGGGACUGCACUGCAGCCUGCGACAGAUUGAAGAGAAGAUGCAGCAACUUCUGCAGGAGAAACUCCUGGCAGAGAAAAGGAUGAAGGAGAAUGAGGAGCGGUCUCGAGCGCUGGAGGAGGAGCGCGAGUUUUACUCUUCCCAGUCGCAGGCGCUGCAGAACUCGCUCUUGGAGCUGACUGCAGAGAAACAGCAGGCAGAGAGAGACCUCAAGGCUGAAGUGAAGGUACGCAUGGAUCUGGAGAAGAGGCUGAGAGAGGCUGAGGAAGCCUUGCAGAGCUUGGAGCAAGGCUUAAAUUCCCUGAAUUGCAACAAGGAGAAAGAGAAGAAGAUGAAAGCAGAUGUCAGUAACUUGAGAAAGUUCUUUGAGGAGUGCAUCCGCAAUGCUGAGCUGGAGGCCAAGAUGCCCGUGAUCAUGAAGAACUCCGUGUACAUCCACAAGGCUGCCACUCGCCGCAUAAAGAGCUGCCGCUUCCGCUGCCGGAGAGCCAGCGCCUCCUGGAAUGACAUGAAACAGUCACAGUCCUUCAUCUUCUCACCUGCAGAAGCUGAAAAUAUUGAAGAGCUGAAAGAAGCAGCCAAAAGACUGAGCCGGGACCAGCGCUUUAGGAAAACUAUCUAUCAAAUCAUGAGGUCACAAAAGGAUUCUGCUUCAGGGGACAAAAAGUGACUCUUUUUGGGAGGGGGCUUCUGAGAGUAACCUGCCAUUCAGCUCUGCAAAAGUACAGCCUUGGGCACUAGGCUCAGAAGGGAGAUGUGGCAUUUGGUGGGCAAGGUGGGGGAGAGUUGUGUGUAGGGAAUCCCUUGAGUUACUGGCUUUGCUUUAGUUUGAGUGCUCCCUGCAGCCUGGCAGACCUUCUCUGCUGAUCUCUCCAAACCCGUUUGCUUCAGCUGCUUACGCUCAGCCAUGUUUGGCCAAGAUGCCACAGUCGGUGUUCAAGUGAACCAGAGACCAUAGCUUAGGAAGUGCCUCUCCUUUCCUUUCCUUUCCUUCCCUGUCUGGUCUGUCUGCCAAACACAAGUGCUUCUGAGGAAACCUUUAGCAGCCUAUGUUCCAGCUAUAUAAUCUCCUCAGCUGAGCACAGCUCACCCUGUUCUGCCUGAUCCCCUCUAGGAGCUGCACACCCUCAGUAAAUCAGCACUUCGGUGGGGCACAUGUCCUGAAGACUGCAGCAGUCCCAGCCUCCCAAGCACAGGCAAAAGUAUCAAACACAGGGCCAAACUUUUUGUCUUGAUGCUACAUAAUUUCAAGCAAACAGCAACAACACAAGGUGAAGACAACAGGAGGAUGCUGUGGAUUUGGGUCCAAGGAGGAUCAUGUACAGAGAAGAGCUUAUAGGUAACUCAAUGGCAUCCAUGCAAGCUGGAGGGAGGGUUCUGUUGUGUUGAUGGUGGGCAGAACAUUCCAGGGCCACCUUUGCACAUUUUUUUGCACUGGGACAUCUAGCUGUGUCAGAACUAGGGAAUGUAUUAGCUCUUGGCUGUCUAUUCCUCAGUGUGAAGAAGACUUUGACUCAGUUUUGACGGCUUCCUCAACACCUCUGUGAGGUGAGUUGGAGGGCAGGAGGGUGAAGACUGUCCAGCAACAAAACCCACUGCCACUUCAGGCAAGCUGCAAGGGCUGUGGAAGAGGAGUCCAGGAGAGGAGUCACUUUGUUGUGGAACCCCUUGCAGCCUCCCCCACGUAUUUUAAGCAAGCAGUUGGCUAAUAAUUACCCAUGCUGUAGAAGCAGCACUGCCUGGUGCUUACAGACCACAGGAUAAGCAUGCUCAGAGGGACACCCUGUUUUCUCCUGCCUAUUAAUUGGGAAAUUAAGAAAUAGACGAUACAAAGCUGAAUAAAGUAAGCAGCAGAAGUACAGUUAGGGGUUAGGGGGUGAUAAAGUACAGAUUUACUGUACCUUUCCUGGCAUCAGGACCCCUGGGUAUUAUGUAUGUCCAGUGACACACAGGUGGUUGCUUGCUACUGUCCCAUCCAGACUGUGACAGUGUCCACUUAUAGCCUUUGGCUUCUGGCCACUUACAUAAUUCCCUACCAAUUUAGUGUUGUUCCUAGGGAGAAGUCAAGGAUGAGGCUGGGAAGCAAGCCUUGGCUUACCAGCCAGAGGAGAGUGGUUAAAGCUGGGUAGAGGAACAUCCUGUGACAAUGUGAUGCUCCUGGAUGGAAUCACUCUAGUGUGACCAGAGGAAAAGCUUUGAAAACACAGCCUGUACUUCCCAUUUCAGUCAGUUACUGACUAGUAUCCUUCUGCCAGGCAUUGGGAGGUUUCAUCCAAUCAGAAGGUCCAGCUCUGAAGGAGGAUGUUUUUGUGAUAAUAGGUGAUACGGUAGGAGAAGAUUGUUUCCAUCCUUCCUUAGCGUACCUGAUCCUUCUGUGCUUUAUCUACUUGUGUUUAUAUGCUAGAAAGCCACAAAUGAAUUCUUGCUCCUACAAGGCUGAAGGGCUGUGAUAAAGAAGCAAUACAGAAAUAUUUUUUUUUUCCUUGAUGCUGCUCCCAGAUAAUCUCUAGCUAUUUUCCAGUUACAAGGUCUAUAUUAGGUGAUGCUGGAAGGAACAGAAUAAAGGAUAGCUAGGGAAUGCAUCUGUAAUUCAGGCAGGUAGAAAAAUCACCCUGUGGCCUGUGAAUACAGUAUUUUUAUUCUAUUACCAUCAAAGCCACAAUCUCUGAUUCUUCAGAAGUAUUGUAUGCAGGAGGUAGUCACAUCAGGUCUUCCUUUACUGUGCAUAUUGACAGCAAUAAGUAAAUAAAAGUUAUGCUGACACUAGAA